AUGUUCGAAGAAGACGAAGGAGCUACUGGAUGGAAAGCAGGGGAAUCAGUUGGAUAUUGCAACAACUGUCAAUUGACAUAUUCACCAACCACAGUUAAUUCCGACGUUGUUGAGUCCCUUGAUGAAGAGCGUGAACGUUUAACGCCAUCGCCGUUACCAGAAACAAACAGGUCUGUUUUUAUAUCUGUUUUUCUUUUUUUUCUUUUUGUGCGAAAAACAUUAAGCAAUCAUAGCAAUCAACCAAAAAAUGCACGAUGAAUGAACAAAUAAUAAACUAAAGCGAAAAUAGCUAGAUUUGAGUACAAUUUUUAAGUUUUUGUACAUUUUGACAUAUUUUUUACAUGGCUUGUGUGCAUGGCAUUCAUGUGUAUACCAUAAACCUCUGAAUACAUUAAAGCCCCCCUCCCCAAUAUAAGCUGCCACAAAUAUAAGCAACCCUCCCCCCCAUGUAUAAGGCCACCAUAUAAUCUAUAUACUGUAUUUUUAUAUUUCUUUUCAUUCAUUGUAUAGUUUACAUGUACAAUAAAUGCUAUAUUAUACAUCCGUAUAUUUAAUAUAUUAUACAUCUGUAUAUAAGCCCCCCACGAUGUGUAAGCCAAUCCAAAAAUGCUUACAAACAACUAUAAGCUCAUGGCUUAUAUUUGGAAGUUUACGGUAUUCAAUUUCAUGAUCGAAUUUCAUUACUACCUUGUGCAUUCCCCAAAUUGCUGAGACCAUAGUCGAAGCCAAAUCUCCCAACUAUAUGGAGGACAAAAUGCGGCAAGUUAAAAAUACUGAGGACAUUUAUCUGCAAAAUUAUUCAGUAAUAUGGACACAGUUCUAGAGUAGAAUUAAAUUAAUAUUAUCAAUAUUAUAUUGCAGUUUUUCUGACCAAAUUCUAACUUGAUCGUAUAUUUUGUCCAGGCAAAAAAUAGCAAUGGGUCGUUCCAUAAAAGGUCCAUACUCCCCCCCCCCCAUGGAGGAAAUUUCUGCCUUCCGGAGGGGGAAGGGAGAAAAAAUUGUUUCUGAUAAUAGUAAAUGUAUUAGGACAUCCGAAGGGGAUAGGGGGGUUAACUUCCUAUUUCCUCUGUGGGGGUGGUAUGGAUGUUUCUGGAAUGACCCAAUCAAAGCAUGGCAUUAUUUAUAAAAAAUCUUAACUGAACUAAGAACAAUAAAUUGAUGAAGAUGUGAUGAAAGAAAUGAACAAUAAAUUUCACAAUUGUACAAAUGUGUAACAAGUGAAUGCAAGCAUGCAUCAAUGACAAUUAAAACUGCCACUGGGAUAAAACGGUUCCAGGAAGGUAAAGGUUAUGGCACCUGGUUUAACCCAUUAAGCGCCAGCGCUCUCCCCUUGACGAGUAAAAUCGUCUGGCAUUAGACAGAGUAAAAUACGCUAGUGUUAGACAGAGUUGGGUUGACUACACACGUGGGCAGAUGGGCCAGUUAACCCAUUAAGCGCCAGUGCUCUCCUCUUGACGAGUAAAAUCAUCUGGCAUUAGACAGAGUAAAAUACUAAAGUAGGUGCAUCAGGGUGCAUUGCCACUCAAUGGGUUAAGCAGCUUUUUCCACUCAUCCAGUGUAGAGAUUCAUGUCAGCCAGAGAUGGCUGUGGAGCCCUCCUGCACUAGUAGUACUAGUACCUGUAAUACAAGUAGCAAUUCGUUGAAUGAUCCUGAGGAAGAUGACCGACCAGAUUCAGAAAAUGGAGAAAAAACAUUUGUUCCAUUGAAAAAAAAGAAACUAUCUGCCAAAGAUCAUGUUGGUGAAGCUGUUGAACUUCUCAAGACCAUGGUUCAGAAUGAUCCUUCAAAAGAACUAAUGCGUUUUAUGCAGGAUGAAGCUGAAAAAUGA